AAUGAAGUAGUAUACUUGAAUAUUCAAGUUAUUCUCUGGUCCCAUUCUGUAUCUUCUCUUUAUUCAAGUGUAGCAGCCAGCCCCAUGGACUCAAACGACUUAUUUGGAUUCCUCGAUGGAACAGAAUUGGAGGACGCCGAUAUUGAAGACAUCGCUUUGGAAAAUGGUGCAGAGGCAACUUCUAAAAAGAAACGCAAGGCUAGUUCACCUGCUGAGCGUCCCAGCGGAGAUGACGAAGAGGAAUAUCUGAAGAAUGGUGACCCUAGUUCAUCGACAAGCAAGAAAACUAGGCUGGCUUCUCCAGUUCCCGUGGUUGUGGAUGAAUUUGAAACGGAGGCGAAAAGAGAAGUAGCUGCAAGUGCUGGACUCACUGGCGGAGUCGAAGCAGGCUCGAGACUAGAGCUUAGACAUCAAGUUCGCCAUCAAGUGGCUGUACCCCACAACUAUCCAUACACACCCAUCUCGAAGCAUGUCCCGCCUUCUAAACCUGCGAGGGAGUACAAAUUUACUCUGGAUCCCUUCCAGCAAGUUUCAGUACACGCAAUCCAAAGAAAUGAGAGCGUGCUGGUAUCGGCACAUACUAGUGCAGGCAAAACAGUUGUAGCAGAAUAUGCCAUAGCACAGUGUCUCCGGGAUAAGCAGCGUGUAAUAUACACAAGUCCUAUCAAGGCACUGAGCAAUCAAAAGUACCGCGAGAUGCUUGCGGAGUUUGGCGAUGUUGGUUUGAUGACAGGGGAUGUGACUAUAAACCCUUCCGCGACAUGUCUAGUCAUGACAACAGAGAUCUUGCGUUCUAUGCUAUACCGUGGUUCCGAGAUAAUGCGAGAAGUUGCUUGGGUAAUAUUCGACGAAAUCCAUUACAUGAGAGACAAGGAGCGUGGCGUGGUUUGGGAAGAAACUAUCAUCCUGCUACCUCACAGCGUCCGCUACGUUUUUCUCUCUGCCACCAUUCCCAAUGCCAUGCAGUUUGCAGAAUGGAUAUGUAAAUCACAUGAACAGCCAUGUCACGUUGUUUACACGGACUUCCGGCCUACUCCACUACAGCACUAUCUCUUCCCUGCUGGUGGCGAGGGUAUAUAUCUGGUGGUGAAUGAGAAAGGUGAAUUUCGCGAGGAUAACUUCAGCAAGGCGAUGGGAGUAUUACAGGAAAGGAUGGGCGAAGAUCCAGCCGAUCCUAGAAGUGGAAAAGGUCGAAAAGGAAAAUCAAGGAAGGGAGGCGAUAAAAAAGGUGCGCUGCAAAUCCUUUUAACGAGCCCGUCGGACAUCUCAAAAAUCAUCAAAAGGAUUAUGCUUAUGAACUACAAUCCUGUCAUCGUAUUCGCUUUCAGUAAACGCGAAUGCGAGGCCCUUGCUCUCACUCUUUCCAAAUAUGAAUUCAACACAUCCGAUGAACAAGAUCUAGUCGCGAAUAUAUUCGACAACGCUAUCAACAAUCUCGCUCCUGACGACAGACAACUACCCCAAAUAUCUAAUCUCUUACCACUCUUAAAACGAGGUGUAGGGAUCCAUCAUGGUGGCCUAUUACCCAUUCUAAAAGAAGUCAUCGAGAUUCUCUUCCAAGAAGGUCUUAUCAAAGUUUUGUUUGCUACUGAGACAUUCUCAAUUGGUUUAAACAUGCCUGCAAAAACCGUUGUUUUCACUGCUGCUCGCAAAUUUGAUGGUCGCGAGUUCCGUGACUUGUCGUCAGGCGAGUAUAUCCAGAUGUCUGGCCGAGCUGGUCGUCGAGGUCUGGAUGACCGUGGUGUUGUCAUCAUGAUGUGCGACGAGAAGCUUGAGCCGACUUCUGCGAAAGAGAUGGUCAAAGGCGAGGCCGACCGCUUGGAUUCCGCUUUCCACCUUGGAUACAAUAUGAUUCUAAAUUUAAUGAAAGUGGAAGGUAUAAGCCCUGAGUUCAUGCUUGAACGCUGCUUUUUCCAGUUCCAGAGCAGUGCAGGUAUACCCUUACUAGAGGACGAACUAAAAACUGAAGAGAAGAACAAAGAUGCAAUUGCAGUUCCCGAUGAAGCCCUUGUAGCGGUUUACUAUAACUAUCGCCAACAACUUGACCAAAUGGCAACAGAUUUCCGCGAUGUUAUAACGCAUCCAAUUUACAGUUUGCCAUUCCUGCAACCUGGUCGCUUGGUAAAAGUAAAAUAUCAAAAGAUUGACUUUGGUUGGGGAGUCAUCAUAAAUUACCAGAAACGCCUACCUCCCAAAAAUAGGCCAAUGCCUCAGCUCGAAGAGCUUCCUCCGCAUGAACAAUACGUUAUAGAUGUACUAUUGAACUGUGCUGUUGGGUCAGCUCUCAGCAAAGACAAUAAUGUCACCGCAACUCCUGGAGGUAUUCAACCAUGUCCACAUGGCCAAAAAGGUGUCCCUUUAGUAGUACCUGUGUUACUUUCAACCAUCGACGGCAUAUCCCACAUCCGGCUCUUCUUACCAAAAGAUCUACGGCAAGAUCAGGCUAGAGAAACGAUGUGGAAAAGUGUUCUAGAAGUACAGCGUAGGUUCCCAGAUGGCAUCGCCCUCCUUGAUCCUAUCAAGAAUAUGGGUAUCAAUGAUGAUAAAUUCAAGGCGCUGGUGAAGAAAAUCGAAGUAAUGGAGCAAAAGAUGUUUUCCAGCCCUUUGCAUAAAGAUCCCCGGUUACCGGACCUGUACACACUGUAUUCCCAAAAACAAGAAGCACAAACAAAAAUACGUGCGUUGAAGAAACGUAUACAAACUACACACGACAUUCUUCAGCUCGAGGAGCUCAAAUGCCGAAAGCGUGUUCUCCGACGUCUUGGGUUCACGAACGCAUCGGACAUUGUUGACAUGAAGGGAAGAGUAGCAUGCGAAAUCAGCACCGGUGACGAGUUGCUGCUUACGGAGCUCAUAUUCAACGGCGUCUUCAAUACUCUAUCACCGGAACAAAGUGCUGGUCUCUUGAGUUGCUUCGUGUUCACAGAAAAGGCAUGUCUGAUUAUCAGUAUAAGCGAACAAGUUACAAAGCUUACUGAGGAGCUGGCAUCACCAUUGCGGGUUAUGCAAGAAAUUGCCAGACGCAUUGCCAAGGUCUCCCAGGAAUCGAAGUUGCCCCUAGUUGAAGAUGAAUACGUCCAGUCGUUCAAGGUGGAACUAAUGGAUGCUGUAGUACAAUGGUGUCGCGGAGCAUCAUUUUCAGAUAUAUGCAGGUUGACGGAUCAAUUCGAGGGGAAUUUGAUUCGAGUCUUUCGCAGAUUAGGAGAGCUGCUUCGCCAAAUGACUCAAGCCGCCAAGGUCAUAGGAAACUCAGAAUUGCAGACGAAACUAAAAAAAGCCUCUGAGAUGCUAGAACGUCCAAACUCUGUCAUCUUCUGUUCUUCGUUAUAUCUGUAGAACAUGUUCUACUUUAUUCUCUUGAUGAGCGAUU